AUGCAGCUCACCGCUUCCAACUUCGCCUACCUCUUAUACUGCGCCUCUGUUGCGCUCGGGGCUCCCACGCUCAAGCGUCAGUCUGGCACGACGUACAGCGGUGGAUCGACGGCCAACGAUGUCCAGAACGGAGUCUGCGCACCCGUGACCCUCAUCUUCGCUCGUGGCUCGACCGAGACGGGCAACAUGGGCAGCUCUGUGGGUCCAGCCCUGGCUCAGCAGUUGAUCUCUACGCUCGGCAGCGACGGGGUCGCCAUCCAGGGUGUCGACUACAGCGCCACCAUCGCGUCCAACGCUUCCGGAGGCGCGGACGGAGGGCCUGAGCUCGCGGACCUUGCCAACCAGGCCCUGCAGAACUGCCCGAACACCAAGAUUGCCAUUGCAGGUUACAGUCAAGGUGCAACUGUCUGCCAUUACGCUGUUAGCCAGGGUGGUCUUUCCGCGUCUGACGUUUCAUCCGCUGUGCUCUACGGUGACCCUCUCGACGGCCAGCCCGUAGGCGACUUGUCCUCUGACAGGACUUUAGAGUUCUGCGCCUCGGGCGAUGGCGUCUGCGAGACAGGCGGCUUCGCCAUCACGGCUGCCCACUUGUCCUACACCACCGGCAGCGACAUCCCAGAUGGUGCUGCCUUCAUUGUGCAGAAUGCCGGGACCUCGACCAGCGGUGGCUCGUCUAGCUCGCCAGCAGCCUCAGGUGCGCCGUCCUCCGCGCCGUCUUCCGCACCGUCGUCCGAGCCGUCCUCAGGCUCUUCCUCAAACCCAUUCGGCAUUCCGUCUUCUGGCGGAGACUCCUCCAACCCAUUUGGCAUCCCAUCUAGCGGCUCAUCGUCUGGAGGCAGCUUUGGCAUCCCGUCCAGCGGUUCUUCCUCUGGAGGCAGCUUCGGCAUCCCAUCCACUGGUACAUCGUCUGGAGGCAGCUUUGGCAUCCCAUCCACAGGUACAUCGUCCGGAGGCAGCUUCGGUAUCCCAACCGGAAGCAGCGGCUUUGGAGGCUUGGGCGACCUGUUCAGCUUCAAGAAGGAUGGCAACAAGGAUAGCAAGAAGAGCAGCGAGUAA